AUGGCUCCAUCGCAUUCGCUAGAAGCUACUAACGAGGGAUGGCUGGAUUCUAUGAUAACGGAAAUACCGGCAGCGCAUAGCAGUCACGAUGACCAUGCGUCCAACGGAGCAGCUUCAGCAUCUGACCGACACCACGAAGACGAGGUGGUCUCGAUCAAGACAAUCUCGUGCUGGCAUCGCUAUCUUUUGGGAGAUCUCAUCUUUGUCGUCCUCUCCGUGCUAUCCAUCGGCAUCGUUCCGCUGCUAUCCAGCUGGUUCCCUGCUUUUUACGUCACCCUGCGAUUCAAGCGCGUUCCUCCCGGCGACGUCAGCACGGACUACGUGCUGGUGGAGAGUCUCGACGGUAUCCUGACAGUCGCGCCGCUCGAGUCCGUCGACCCCUGGGCCCCAUCCCGUGGGUGGGUGGACGUCGAGACGGCGCGCACCAGCACGAGGCGUCCGGGCUGCGAGAUCAGCUUCGCCGCCCUUCCUCGAACCUUCCUGUGGCGCAGCGAGCGCUUCUGGUUCGAUCCGGCGGCGGCCGCGCGGUUGUUCGACGGCACGCCCAAGUCCGCCACGCGCGCAGCGGAGCUCAGCAGCACGCCGCUGGUGUGGAAGCGCCAUCGCUUCCAGCUCGCCUCUACCCCCGCCGCGCUCCACAAGUAUGGCGCUGCUUGCGCCAUGCAGGAGCCCCGCGGGGCGAGUCACCCAGGAGACGUGAGUGACUGGGAGCGGCGCCUCCUCACACACGGCCCGAACAUCCUGCAUGUGCAUGCGCCCAGCUUCUGGGUGCUGCUGUUAGGGGAGGUGCUGAAGCCGUUUUUUGUCUUCCAGGUGUUCAGUGUGAUAGUGUGGUUCCAGAUCAACUACUACCUCUACUCCUGCGUCAUCAUCUUCCUCACCACCACCUCAGUCGUCUACGAGGCCGCCCAGACCCGCCGCAACAGGCUCGCCAUCAAGCGGCUAGCAGAGACGGACUGCUCUGUGGUGCGGCUGACAGCGCGCCGUGAUUCCGCUGACCCCUCUGCUGCGCCAAGACUGCAGCCAGAACAGGUUCUAGCCAGUGCUCUGCUCCCAGGCGAUCUUGUGCAGGUGGAGGCGGGCAUGGUGCUGCCGUGCGACUUAGUGCUGUUGGCCGGCCAGUGCGUGCUCAACGAGUCCAUGCUCACUGGGGAAUCCGCUCCCGUGCUCAAGACGGCUCUGCCUCUCGACUUCUCUGCACAAGCACAAAGCCUACGGCCAGGGUCAGAGGCGGAUUCCAAGUACCGCCUGCUGUCAGGCACAGAGGUGCUGCAGACCAGGGCGCUCAGAGCGCCGCCCACCCCUCCGCCCACCUGGCCCUCCUCGUCUUCUAGCGGGGAGGCCCCGCCUUGUGUGUGGAAUUUCGCCAAUGCAAACCAAGGACGGCCCAUGCCUGUGACAGCUAUGGUGGUGGGCACGGGAUAUGCGACUUCCAAGGGAGAGCUGGUUCGCGCCAUCAUCUACCCGAAGCCCACGUCGUUUGACUUUGAGCGCAAGCUCUACCUGUUCAUCGUGAACCUCUUUGUCUUCUUCCUCAUUGCCGCCAUCAUCACCAUUAUUUACCAGUACAACAAGGUGAGCACCAGGCAGCUGGUGCUGAGCGUUCUCAACAUCCUCACCAUCACUGUGCCGCCCGCCCUGCCUCUUGCGCUCUCCAUCGGCCUCACCACGGCCUUCUCUCGCCUCCAAGCAUGCGGCAUCUUCUGCAUCAACCCACCUCGCAUCAUCAACGCAGGUCGUGUCAACCUCCUCUGCUUCGACAAAACUGGCACUCUCACACGCGACGGUCUCACCAUCUCUGGAGCCAUACCCCCCACAGCAGCAUCACCCCAACCUGCUUCAACCGCAUCCAGCCCCACUGCAUCGCUCUGUUACACCCUAGCUGCCUGCCACAGCCUGUCGUUGCUCCAUGGGCCUGCUCCCUCCCGCUCAGAUUCCGCCUCCUCUGCUUCUGAUGCGUUUCCCGAGAUGGAAGUGCAUGCAGAGCGGACGGGGGGUGAUGGCUUCUGGAGUAGGCUCAUGCGUGGGGAGUGGGGGUACGAUGGGGUGAAACGGGGCAGCAGGAGCAGCAGCGGUAGUGUGGGUGAUGGGGGCACGCAUGGCGCGAGGCUGCAUGCAGGGCCGAGGAGUGACGAGCAGGAGCAGUGGGGUGGUGGGGUGGGAGCGGCUGAGUCAGAGGAGGGGGAGGCCGGGGAGAGUGAGGAGAGUGCCGUUGUGCACAUGAAGGACGGCUCUGUUUGUCUUUUUGUGGGAGACCCACUCGAGAUACAGAUGUUCAGGCGCAGUGGCUGGCAGUUCCUCCCUCGCCCCGAACAUGCCGACACCACCACCACCAGCACCACCAGCAGCAGCACGAACGCCUGGGACAUCAACACCAUCUGGUCCCACCCGGACCUCCCCCACUCCGUCGACCUCCUCCUCCUCCCUCCUCCCCCUUCCGACCCCUCCGCUCCCCAUCCCUCGCACCAUCUCCUCCCCCCCGUGGCCUCUGCCUCGUCCUUUGCGUUCUCCUCCCAGCCGGCGCUGGCUGUGCUGCGGCGCUUUGACUUUGACUCGGACCUCAGGCGCAUGGCAGUGGCAGUGCUGCAGGUGCACCCAGCUGUCGUACGGCGGACGGGUGGUGAGGAUGCUGGUGCUGGUGCUGCUGGUGCGCCCAUGUCUCUGCUUGUCAAGGGUGCCCCUGAAAGCAUUCGCCCCCUGUGCACGCCUGCGUCGCUCCCGCGUGACUUUGAGGCGCAGCUCAAGGCGCUCACGCUCAGUGGCAGCAGAGUGCUGGCUGUGGCCUCGCGAUCACUCUCGCACCUCACGCUGCAGCAGGUGGCAGAGGCGAGUCGUGCAGACAUGGAGAAGGAGCUGGUGUUCUGUGGGUUCCUGGUGCUGGAGAACCCCAUCAAGCCUGAAACCACGCCCGUACUGCACUGCCUGGCUGCUGCUGGCCUCAGAUGCCUCAUGGUCACCGGAGACAACCCCCUCACUGCCCUCGCUGUCAGCCGCCACUGUGGGCCGUACCUCCUACACACCACACGCCACCCCUAUCUCAUCGACACAGCCGACGACACGCAAUCAAGUGGCACGGGCUGUGUGAUUCAAGACGUGGUGACACACCGCAGUGUGCCUUUGGACGACGUGCUUGUAGCAGGGCCUUCGGGUGCCGCCUCUGUGCUGCAAAAGGGCUCUUCAGACGGGGCCAUGGCUGCUCCACAGCUGGAGGCGUCACUUAGAGGAGCAGACCUUGUGGUGACAGGCCGAGCCUUCGCAGCACUUAAAGCCCAUCACGACCGAAUCACCUCGCUGCACAAGCCCUCCCGCCGAUCCUCCUCUCCUUUCUCCUCCUCCCCAGCCCCUUCCUCCUCCUCAUCUGCCCUUGUUCUCGCCCCUGCCUCGGCUGCAAUCACGCCCUUUGAAGCGGUGCUGUCCCGGGCGGGGGUGUUUGCACGCAUGUCGCCCAGCAACAAGCAGGAUCUCAUGCUUGCUCUCCGUGACCUCGGCUACUCUGUUGCCAUGACUGGUGACGGUGCCAAUGACAGUGCGGCACUCAAGGCAGCAGAUGUGGGCCUCAGCAUUGCCUCCAAGCGUCACUCCACUCUAGCAGACCUCCCCUCGUCUCGCUCUGUCAAUGGCGCAUCAUCAUCCGCAUCAGCGCCACUGAGAGGGGGGCGCAGGUCGUCAGUGGCUGUGGCACAGUCCGCAGCAGCGGCUUCGGAUGCAGCAGCAGCAGCUCCCAGCAUUGCUGCGCCGUUCUCCACUCAUGUGGCCCACAUUGGAGCACUUGUUCCGCUGCUGAGGGACGGGCGGUGUGCGCUGGUGACAGCAACGAGCAUGUUCAAGUACAUGCUGUUCUAUGCCAUCGUGCAGACCAUGUCCAUUGUUGUGCUCUACCCACUCGCCCUCGAGCUCACGGACAUGCAGUACCUCUGGGCAGAUUUGGGCCUGGUGUUCCCAAUGAUCUUGCUUAUCCCCACGCUCUUGCCGCGCAAGUCUCUCUCGCGUGGCCUGCCAGAGACCAACCUCUUCUCGCUCUCCAUGCUCGUGGGCAUCUACGGCCAGUCCGCCCUCAUUGUUGCCACGCAGCUGCUCGCCUCUGCCUUCCUGCAGAAACAGUCAUGGUAUGUGCAGCCAGUUGUUGGCACUCCAGGGUUCAACCGCAAAGUCAACAUCAACACCACUGCCAGCUUCCUUUUCGCCUCUUUCCAGUAUCUCUUCCUGGCUGCUGCUGUCAGUCAGAGCUUUGGCCGCUUCAGGGCACACCUGUUCCAGAGCCCUCUUCUUAUCGCCGUGCUCCUGCUGCAGUUCCUCUGCUGCUCGCUCUUGCUGCUCUACCCAUCCGCCACCAUUCGCGAUGCCUUCGGCCUUGUCGACCUGAGUGCCUAUCCGGAUUUCACUAUCUCUAUCUGGGUCUUUGCCAUCAUCACCGGCGUAGCCUUCAUUGUCUUUGAGCGCUUCGCUGUGCGCCACCAGUCUGCCGAGCCUGACACUGCUGACGCUGACGACCUGCUUCGGCAGGCAGCAGAUUGGCAGGCCAAGGAUGCUGCGGCAGGGUUGGCCCCAUCACAUGGCUCAGCACAUGUGUGGAUCGGUCAUGGGGACAAGGAGGAAAAGAGGUCACUUGGUUGGUAUCAGCAUGUGGUGUCUCCUCGCAUAAUGGCUGCUGUCGCGCUCUCAUCAACUCCGAUCAUUCGAAAUGGCCUGCAGACGUCGGGCCUCCGCAGUGCGAAGCAGAGCUCGUUUCUUGGAUCUGUUCCUGCGCUGCGUGCUGGUGUCGAGCGACCCGUGCUGAAGCAUCAUGCGCCUACGGUGCGGAUGAUUGCAGCUCCUGAGAGGCCCACAAUUACGAGCCUCGACAGCGAUAUUGAUGUCCCUCCCAUGCCAUCCUUCGAGGAGUGCUUCCCCUCUAGCACGAAGGAAUACAGGGAAGUUGUGCACGAGGAGACGGGCACUGUCCUUCGCGUCCCAUUUCGGAGGGUUCAUCUGUCAGGCGAGGAACCUCCUUUCGAUGUGUACGACACCAGCGGUCCCCAGAACAUCGACUGCAGAGAAGGUCUGCCAAAGCUGAGGGAGGCUUGGGUCGCAAGGAGGGAAAAGCGGGGGGACAAGUGCUUUACGCAGAUGCACUACGCUAAGAAGGGCAUAAUUACUGAAGAGAUGCUCUACUGUGCGACAAGGGAGAAGUUGGAUCCCGAGUUCGUCCGAUCGGAGGUUGCUCGUGGACGGGCCAUCAUCCCUGCCAACAAGCGUCACCCCGAGCUUGAACCUACGAUUAUAGGCCGGAACUUCCUGGUGAAGAUCAACGCCAACAUUGGAAAUUCAGCUGUCGCGUCUUCUAUCGAGGAGGAAGUUCAGAAGCUGAAGUGGUCAACUAUGUGGGGUGCCGACACAGUAAUGGACUUGUCAACUGGCGAUAAUAUUCACGAGACGCGCGAGUGGAUUCUGCGUAAUUCCGCCGUUCCUCUCGGAACUGUUCCAAUCUACCAGGCUUUGGAGAAGGUGAAUGGCAUUGCUGAGGACCUCACUUGGGAGAUUUUUCGUGACACGCUUAUCGAGCAGGCCGAGCAAGGAGUCGACUACUUCACCAUCCAUGCUGGAGUCCUGCUGAGGUUCAUUCCUUUGACUGCCGAGCGGCUUACUGGCAUCGUUUCUCGCGGUGGCUCCAUUCAUGCCAAGUGGUGCCUCACAUACCACAAGGAGAAUUUUGCCUAUGAGCAUUGGGACGAGAUCCUGGACAUUUGCCGUGAAUAUGACAUUUCCAUUUCGAUUGGUGACGGUCUCAGGCCUGGUUGCAUUCGCGAUGCCAAUGACAUGGCUCAGUUCUCUGAGCUGGCCAUCCAAGGCGAGCUGACUCGACGUGCCUGGGAGAAGGAUGUGCAGAUCAUGAACGAGGGCCCCGGACACGUACCCCUUCACAAGAUUCCUGAGAACAUGAGGAAGCAGCUUGACUGGUGCAACGAGGCACCCUUCUACACGCUUGGCCCUCUCACUACUGACAUCGCCCCUGGCUACGAUCACAUCACUUCAGCUAUUGGUGCUGCUACCAUUGGUGCCCUUGGUACCGCUCUUCUCUGCUACGUCACUCCCAAGGAGCAUCUUGGCCUGCCAAACCGUGAGGAUGUGAAGGAUGGAGUCAUUGCAUACAAGAUCGCGGCGCAUGCUGCAGACCUGGCGAAGCAGCACCCUUAUGCACAGGAGUGGGACGAUGCUCUUAGCAAGGCCCGUUUCGAGUUCCGCUGGCGUGAUCAGUUCAACCUGUCACUUGACCCAACAACAGCUCAGGCCCUCCAUGAUGAGACCUUGCCAGCUGAUGGUGCUAAGCUUGCCCAUUUCUGCUCCAUGUGUGGACCUAAGUUCUGCUCUAUGCGUAUCACUGAGGAUGUCCGCAAGUAUGCUGCCAAGCAUGGCUAUGGGGAGAACGUUGAUGCUGCUGUCCAGAAAGGAAUGGAGGAAAUGAGUGCUGAGUUCCUUAUGGCUAGGAAGCUGACUCUUGCAGUUGAAGAUGGAUGGGAUGCACCCUCCGUCGAAGCCGGUGACUGCAACUUGCUCGGAAAUAGCGAGGUUCUUCCAUCUACUCAGGGAGUUCUUUGGCGCAGUACCCUCGCUAACGACCGUCUUGAAGGACAAGUGACCAUUCCGCGCGCAGAGGCGCCGAUCAGCGAGAAUGAGAUCCGUAUCACCGUCGCGGGGAAGGUCCGCAACUACGUCACCUACGCCGCCACUCUCCUCCAG